AUGACCCAAGAAGCUCUCCAUAACGGCAGUCACUAUGUCGAGCCGGCCGAUGUUCCCCUGGUGGACUUCCGCGCGCUCACUUCGCCAGACGCCAAGCGACGGAGAGUUGCCGUAGCCUUGCUGGACGCCGCCUUUUGUGAAUGGGGGUUCGUCCAGCUUGAUAACCACGGGAUAGGGGCUGACAAGCUGCAAGAGGCCUUUGAGUGGGCCGAGCGGUUUUUCAUGCAGCCCACUGCCACCAAGGAACUAAUCGCACACCCCCCCAGCGGCGAUAUCGACACCAACCGCGGCUGGGCGCGAGUAGGGCUGGGCUACACGGUGCAUAUGGAAUUUGACGCGGACAAAGCGGCGGCCAUCCGCCAGCAGAACCCAGACUGCAAGGAAACGCUGGAGCUGGGCAAUCCGUUUGACGCGAAGUUGCCGCCCAACCCGUGGCUGCCGGAGGUGACACUGCCGGGCUUUCGAGGGUUCCUGGAGGGUUGGUGGACCGACUGUGCGAUCCUGGCUCAUGACCUGUACCGAUGCCUGGGGGAGGCGCUGCGUAAUGAUAACGAUGAUUACUUCAAUCGCAUUCACUCGGCCAACGACUGUCACGUGACGUGGAACUACUACCCGGCGAUGUCGGCGCGGGCGCUCAACGUCGACGGGGCCAAGCGACUCAACGCGCAUACCGACUUCGGCACCCUGACGCUGGUCUUCCAGGAUGCAGUUGGGGGGCUGGAGGUUCACGAUGGCCAUCAAUUCCGUCCCAUCGUGCCGGUUCCGGGGGCUGUUAUCGUCAACGUGGGCGAUAUGCUGGAGCAACUCUCUAACGGCCGCUGGCGAAGUUCCCUGCACCGCGUAGUCGCUCCUGCGCCCCUGAUCCACGGGGUGUAUACAAAGGAGGAGGAAAUGGUAGUUGACCGCUACUCUCUGGUCUUCUUUGGAGUGCCUAAUCCGAAUGAGGUGAUUGCAAUCGCCCCGGGUUGUGAGACUCCGGGUAAGUGGAAGCCAAAUAUGCGUGGGAACUGGGGCACGCUCACAGCCCGCCAGUGGAUCCGAAAACGACUGGCAAUGGAGUUUUAA